CUUCGUAUUCAUUGCUAAUCAGCAGCUGGGCCCUAGAGCGGCCCUUCCAAAAUUCGUCAGAGUAUGCAGACUGCUGCAACAGGCUUGCCCCGGAGCACAACUAUGAAACGGUAGCAACUGUUGUUAUAAGCGCCGGCUGGGCGCGCUCGAGAGGCCAAGGAGUGGGAGAAAACGAUGGAGGGCCUUGCUUUGGACCGUGACCUGCGCCCGCUGGGCAAUUCAAAGCUGCUAGUGGAGGCAAAGAAUGUGCAGGUCGUCUGGGCGCGCGUUAAGGGCUAUCCGCCCUGGCCGGCGCAAGUACUGAGCGAGGCCGCAGCCCAGAAACGCAAAGACCUCGGGCAGGAGCGUCACAGCAAGGACAGCAGCGUGCCUGUAAUGUUCUUCGGCACCGUUGAGGUCGCUUGGGUGAAGGAUGUGGACAUUAUCGACUUCAAAGAGGGGAUCCACAAAGGGUACUUUGCCAAGAAAAUGCCAGCGUUCAGGCUGGCGCUGGAGCAGGUAUGCGACUUCCUGGCCCUCGACCGGAAGCGGAAGGCGCCGGCGAAAUGGUGGUGCCGGCCACCCUCUAACGGCUAUGAGGACGCGGCAGAUGGCGCAAACAAAUCAGGCGCAGCGGCAGGGAGCUCAGGCCGGGGCACUCAGCGGCAGGAAGCAGUGAAGAGCGCCAAGCAGCGGGCUGCGACGCCGGAGUCUUCGUCCUCGGAGGAAUCCUCGGAAGAGGAGGAAUCCAGCGAGGAGGAGUCCUCUUCAGAUGAGGAGGAGGACGUGAGCGAGCGUGCUGCACCGGGCAAGAAGGGUAGCAGCAAGGCUGCCGGGGCCAAGGUUGCGGCGGGUGGCUCCAAGCCCAAGGAGGCCGCCGCCGCAGCCAAGGCCCGUGACAACCGGGCGGCGCGCGACAAGCCCGCGCCCACCAGCGGUGCUGUGAAGCCGCAGGCAGCUGCCUCGGAUGCGACGAAAGACUCGAAGGCGCAGGGACAGGGCAAGGCGGGCAAGCCUGCUGCCCCCAAGGACGACGCGCCUUUGCCCGCGCGCAAGCGGGUUAAGGUCGAGUCCUCUGGGGGCGGGGCCGUGGGGCCGGCUGGGUCGGCCCCGCCCCCGCGGCCUGGGGUGGCCAAGGCAGCUGUGGUCGAUCUGGUGGGGCUGCCCUCGGGAGAGGUCGAUGCCUUCAAGCUGCCGGCCGAAAUCCGCCGCCUGGCGGGUAUCCGGCUGACCGUGCCGAAGAAGCCGGGCAAGGCCGAGGACUCGCCGCGGCGUGGGGGCCAAGAUGCGUCGGGGGCCGCCGUGAAGCGGGAGGACGGCAGCCGCGUGACUCGUGCCAGCCGUGACGCAGCACGUCGCCCCGAGUCAGGGCGGGGCGGCACGUCCGGCAAGGAGACCCGCAAGCGCGCUCGCCGCAGCAGCGGCAGCGAUGAUGAUGCGGAGUCCUCCUCGGAUGCUGACGACGAUGAGGAGCAGGAAAGCAGCGGUGAGGAGGCGGGGUCCGAGGAGGAGGGUGAGGGUGAGGAGAGCGGGCGCGAGGCCAGCGGAGAGGAGGAUGACGAGGACACCAGCAGCGACAGCGAGGAGAGCGAGGACGAAGAGGUGGCUGCCAUGGCGCGGCGGGCCAGCCGGGAGGCGGCAAAUACGCCCAAGCGGCUGACGCGCUCUCAGAACAAGCGGUCGCUGCGGUCGCGUGACCGCAAGGCCGAGCGUGGCCGUGAGCUCGCGCGUGCCGGAGCGCCGCAGCAGCCGGGGGACAGGCGCACCAGCUCCCGGUUGGGUCCUGGCAAGUCGGUCAGCCCUGGCAGCAAGCCCGCUAAGAAGGCGAAGGGGGUGAGCGGGGACGACGAUGACGAGGAUGAGGAUGACGACGAUGAGGAGGAGGACGACGAGGACAGCAGCAGCAGCGGGAGUGAGGUUGAGGUGGCGGCCACCGCGGCGAAGGAGCGGCCGCCGCCAUCGUUCCGGCAGCUGCGCUCGCAGACCACCAGCCCGGACGCGGCACACCGGCAGCAGCCGCAGCGCAAGGCGCACAGCGGACCUAGCCCCGACAAGGCGAAGCGCGCCGCUGCCGAGGCCGCUUCCGAGUCGGAGGCCAGCAGCAGUGAGUCGGAGGAGGACGAGGCGGAAGACACCGAGGACGCGGGCGCAAAGGGCAAGCAGCAGCCGAAGCGUAGCGCUGCACCGGCGGCGGCGCCAGCGGCGGCUGGCUCCGGCAAGGCGGUGCCGCUGGAGCUGCGGCGCCUGCAGGCAGACCUGUCAGCGGCGCCAUCCGCUCUCGACCUCUCGGAGCGCCGCACGCUGCGAGACCGGCCGUCGCCGGCCAGGCGCCCGCCUGCCUCCGGCUCGGCGGCGCCCACGCCGACCCAGACCGGCGGCACCGCGCACGCCGGCAGCAAGCGCGGCGACAAGCACGGCUCAGACGACGAGGCGGCCAUGUCGCCUGAGGCGGAGGACGUGGGUGCGGCACAGCAGCGGGGCUUGUCGCCGCGUCGCCAGGCGGCGGAGCAUUCGAUCAAGAGCGAGCCCUCGCCCGACACUGGCAAGGCGGAGCAGGACAAGCCGGUGCCGGGCGCGGCGGCGGGUGCGGAGGGCCAGAGCAGCAUUGGCGCUCCGGUUGCGGCGGCCGCGGCCACGCAGGCGGGUGGGGCCAUGGCUGCCGCGGUGCCGGUCAAGAAGAAGCCGCCGUCGCUGGGCGUGCCGGCGCCGGCGCGGUCAUCGGGGCAUGCCAUGGCGCGUCAGCUGCCCGCCAUCAUGCCCGCACCCGGCUCUGUCGCUAACCGUGUCGCGGGUGCCACGCCGGCAGUCUCUGCUGCCGUCAGCGGCAUCAGCGCAGGCGGCGGCACGUCCACCGCCGGCGCGGUUCCGCCCUUGGCGGCGGUGGUGGUGGUUUCCAAGAAGCCGUCGUCGGGCCCUCCCACGCGCCUCGCCAUAAUGGAGCGCAGCCUCGACGCGGGCACAGCCGCCUCCACCGACCUGCCGGAUGCGGUGUCGGCAGACGGCGAGGCGGAUGCCCGUCACGCCUCAUCGCCCGACGUCGCGGCGGUUGCGGCGGUGGUGGCCUCGGACAAGGGGCAAGUGCCGCGCUCGCCUGGGGGCGGUGCGGCGGAGGAGGCCGAUGUGGCAGAGGAGGAGGACCAGCAGGAGGCGGCGGCGCUGCAUGCCACCGAGGAGCUGGACGCAGUUGACGAGGUGGACGGCCUGCAGCAGGCGCAACACGACCGGCAGCAGGCGCAGCAGCAGGCGCAGCACUCGACCCACAUGGCAACGCAGGAUGUGACAGCGCAGCAGGCUGUGCGGCCGCGGGCAGCCCCGCCGGUGCGCGGCAAGCAGGAAUGUGAGCGCCCGGUGGCGGCUCAGCAGAAGCAGCAGGAGGCGGCUGCGGGCGGGGACGCCAUGGAUGUGGACCCUCCGAAUGUGCUGGAGGCGCACAGCCAUCUUCGGAAGCAGUUCGUCGGCAGCUCGCCUGCCGGGUCUGGUUGUCACGGCGGCGCCGUGGUGUCAGCGGGCAGGGCGACGCAGGCGGCGGCUUCCCUGCCGCCCCGGCACGAGGCCCGGCCGUCGACAAGCCGCUCUUCCGCGCACGAGGCGCCGCACCGGGACACCGCAGCGCGGUCCGGCCUGCACAGGCAGCCGCCGGUGCCGGUGCCGGCGCCACAGCCGUCCACACGGCAGGCGUCCACGGACGGCGGGGGGCGGCGGCAGACCGGCAGCCGGCCGUCUUCGCCGGUGCAUGAGGAGGCGCUGCUGGCGGAGGAGCAGCUGCCGGACAAUGCGGAUGAAGCCAAGGCGGGCGAGGCCGCGCCCGCGGUGUCGGCGCCGGCUCCGGCGCUGUUGCGGCCGCACCUGCCUGCGGGAAGCCUGGGCAGCCUGGACCUGCGGGUUGCGGCCGGCGCCGUUGGCGUGGUGGGCGCGGUGCAAGCCGUGGACGGGGCGCUGCAUCAAGCGCGGCGCUCCGGCGGCGGAGCCGCGGGCGAGAGCAGCAGCAAUGGGCGGCCGCCGGAGGCGCGUGGGCCGCGAGGCAAUGGCGGCGGGCGGUCGGCCCAGGUGGAGGAUGUGGCGCGCGCCCAGGCGCGGGAGCUAGAGGAGCUGGGUGAGGUCGCGGCGGCGCUGGCAGGCCUGGCCGGACCGCAGCGGGCGGAGCCGCCUCGGCCGCAGCUCCAGCGCCCACCGCUGGUGGUGAUGCCGGAGCGGUUCGCCGCAUACACCGGCCCUGCGUCGGGCAACUCGGACGGCGGCGGUGACCGCGCGCGCGGCGGGCCGCGGUCCGCGCGCGGCGGUGGCGGCGGUGGUGGCGGCGGCGGCCGUGAGCGCGAGCGCGGGCCGGGCGGCAGUGCCUACGGCGGCAGCAGCUCCCGGGAGCAGUCGGUGGCGCAGCCGAGCGAGCGGCUGGCGUCCAUGCCCAAGGACUGGCGGUGGCCACAGGCAGAGCCCAUCCUGCCGGCGCAGGACACGCCGUUCGGGCUGCCGCGCGACUGGAUCGCGUCGCGGCCGCCGCGGUACGAGGCCAUCCGGCGCAACCUGUGGUACUCGCGGCCCAAGCCCAAGCGCCUGCCCAAGGACGAGAUCCAGGUGUGUGGCUGCCGGCCUCCGCCGCUGGCGCCACCCGGCGAGCCGCAGCGCAUGGGCUGCGGCCCCAACUGCCUCAACCGCCUGUCCUCCGUCCUGUGCGACCCCAAGCUGUGCCCGUGCGGCGAGCUGUGCAGCAAUCGCUCGCUGCACCUGCUGCGGCCGCCCAAGACCGAGGUGUUCCGCACGGAGAACCGCGGCUGGGGCGUGCGCGCCAUGGAGCCGGUCACCAAGGGCCACUACAUCAUCGAGUACGCGGGCGAGGUGAUUGACGAGCGCGAGCUGGGCCGCCGAAUGGACCACGCGCGCAUGAACGGCGAGCAGCACUUCUACAUCAUGGAGCUCAGCGCAGGCCUGUACAUCGACGCGCGCCGCAAGGGCAACACCGCGCGGCUGAUCAACAGCAGCUGCGAGCCCAACUGCGAGACGCAGAAGUGGCACGACGCCGCGACCGGCGAGGUGCGCGUGGGCAUCUUCGCGCUGCGUGACAUCUUGCCCGGCGAGGAGCUGGAGUACGACUAUUCGUUCCAAACGUACGGCUCGCUAAAGCCCAGCGCCGCCUCGUUUGUGUGCAUGUGCGGCGCCAAGAACUGCCGCGGCACCAUGGACCUGCACCCCGAGAAGCGGCGCGACCUGGGCCGGCGCGUGGAGGUGUUCUGGGACGCGGACGGGCAGUACUACAAGGCCGUCAUCACCGCCUACCACCCCACCAGCCGCAAGCACACCGUCAUGUACGAGGACGGCGGCACCGAGAAGCUGUGCCUGGACGAGGUGCCGCACAGGUGGCUGGAUGAGGAGAACCGGGCCUCACCCGCCAAGCGCGCAAGCCAGACCGGCGACUCGGCCAGCAACGCCGCGGCGGGAGCCGCUGGCACGGCGGCCAAGGCUGCGGCGCCGCACCAGCCCGGUGCCUCCUCCUCCGUGCCCGCGGAGCCCUCCACCGCAGUGGCGGCGGCGGCGGCGGCGGCGGGCGCGCACCCCGUCGUGACCACGACCGGCCGCAUCGUGGGCGGCAUGCCAGCGCCGGCCGUGGCGGUGACGCAGCCGCCCACACGCGCGGUGGUCACCACAGAGCAGCGCGUCAGCCUGCCGCCGCUGGGUGGCGGCGGCGGCAGCAGCAGCGCAGCUGCUGCCGCGGCGGCGGCGGCGGCGGACGCCGCCGGCAGCGCGGCACCGAGCAGCAGCCGCGAGGCGGGCGGCGACCACGAGGUUCACCUGCCGCUCAAGAAGCGGCCGCGCCUGAUGCAGCCGCCGGGCUCCGGCUUCGCAGCGAUGGCGGCGGAGCGCGUGGGAACCUCCGGCGGCGGCGCCAGCGACGGCCACGGCACGGGCGCGGCGGCGGCCACCGCCUCGCACUCGGGCGCGGAUGCAGAGGGCGGCGCGCUGGGCGGCGACCGGUUGGGCCGCGGCAUCAUGGGCGCCAGCAGCCGCUACCACGAGCCCUACAGCAGCCACCACCACCACCACCGCGAAAGCCGCGACCACCACAUUGGCGGCGGCGGCGUGGCGGCGGCGGCCUCGGCGGCGGACGACAACCGCUCCGACGACGACGACCUGGACGAGUCGCUUCUGGAGGCGGCGGAGGCGGUGGCGGCGCUGCGCACCGCGCCCAUCGGCAACCACGCCGCCUCCUCCCGCGGCACUGGCGGCGGCGGCCACGUGUCCCUGGUGCAGACGGCCAAGGUGGCCUCGCCGCGGCACGUGGUGGUGCACCGCUCCGGCCCGCCCAACGGCCUGCCGCCCACCAGCCGGCCCGGGCUGGCCAGCAGCUCCAGCGCCGGCCCCAGCCACGCACACGGCGGCGGGCAGUACGGCCACGGGCACGGGCAGUACCACCAGCCUAGCAGGCACCACUCCGCCACGGCGGCGGCGCAGCCGCAGGACUCCCAGUCCGACUACGACCACUACCACCACCCCCGCAGCGCCGGCGGCGGCCACGGCCACGGCGACGACUGGAACAGCAACCACCACCGCGACCACCACGGCCACUACGCGCGUGACCAGAACGGCCGCCGUGGCGGGGCAGCCGCCGCCGCCGCGGCAGCGGCGCUGGCGGAGCCGGCGUCCAGCGCCGGCGGCAACGGCGGCGGCGAGCGCGGCCGCGGCCGCGGCCGCGAGGGCGGUGGCAGUGGCCGCCGCGGCAACGGCGUCAUCACGUAUGAGGACUUGCUGUGGCGGCUGGUGGGGCUGGACCGGCCGCGGAACCUGCUGCCGCUGUUCAACCACAAGGACGACGAGGACGAGGACGAGGAGGAGGUGGGGGCCAACGGCAAGAACGGCCGCUACGCGCACAUCGGGCCGCUGCACCCCUACGGCAAGCUGCUGCGCGCGCUGGAGGGCUCAGAGCUGCUGCCUCAGGCCGAGCAGCUGCGCAACCUGUACGCACAGCAGCAGCAGGCCGCUGCGGCGGCGGCGCAGCAGCAGCAGCAACAGCAGCAGGCGGCGGCACAGCGUCACGCGCAGCAUACGUCUCCACAGCAGCAGCAGCAGCACGCGCAUGCGGCGCACCACCACGCGGCGCAGCAGCACGCUGCUCCCCCUCCCCAGCAGCAGCAGCAGCACGCUCAGGCGGUGGCGCACGCGCACCACGCGGCAGCACAGUCAACGGCACCGCAGCAGCAGCACCAACAUCAACACCAACACCAUGCCAACCAACACCACGCAUCCGCCGCGGCGGCUUCGGCUGCCGCUCAUGCCGCCGCCCAGCAUGCAGCGCAGUCGCACGCGCAUGCGCACGCGCCGGCAGGCGGCACCGCCGCGGCCACGGCUGCGCACAGCUCUGCCGAGGCGCUGGCGCUGUCGGCCUGGCAGCACGCGGCGCAGCAGCACGCGCUCAUGCAGGCCGCACACCACCAGCACGCGGCGGCGGCGGCGGCAGCAGCCAUGGCGGCUCAGGCCCAGGCCGGCGGCACACACGCACUGCACGCGCUGCACCACCCCGCGCAUGCUGCGGCGGCCGCCGCCGCCGCUGCGGCGGCAGCGCAACAGCCGCAGGCAUCGCAUGCGGCUGCAGCUGCAGCGGCGGCGGCCGCGGCGGCGGCGGCUGGCGGCAUUCCCGCCUCGCACCUGGCGCAGUGGCAGCAGCUGGCGGCGCACGCGCAGCAGGGUCAGCUUGAGGCGCUAAUGCACAUGUACGCACACAACCCACACCAGGUGCUGGCGCUGGCGGCGGCGGCCGGCGGUCCGCCGCUGCGGAGCGCAUAGCGCGGCAGCACGCUGCCGUGAGGCUGUUGUCGUGAGGCGCCUGCAACAGGACUGGCGUUCUGCGGCUUUGACUUCUACUAACACUGGACCGAUUUCUUACAUAGUGACAUACCUAGCAAUCUACAACUUGCCAACCGGCCUUACGAUGCACUCCAAACACGAAGCCACGCCUGGGUGCAUGUGUUAUUCUUCUCGCUAUGUAUCUCAACGCGAGCAUUGUCGGACUGUCGCCUCGCGUUGAUUUUCACUCGCCUGCAACACCAACACAUAAAUUUUGGGGGAAGGCGCAAGCAUGGAGGCGGGGAGCCGGGGUGCCGCACGUAGUCGGCAUGCCCGUGAAUAGUGGUGGGGAGCUUCCUACUGACGCAGGUGGCGCGGGGUGGAGGCAAUGUGGUGCAUUUGCAGAACUGGAGUGGACGUGUUUGUGUACCUGUGCGUGUGCGGAGUGAAGCGAGAGACGAACAAGCACUGGUGUCCAGCCCUUGGAAGAGAAUGCGCCGUACGGGGGUUACGCCUCACGCGUGACGGGGUGCUGUGCGUGUCGGUUGAACGUAGGCUGGGCGACGGUGUGGGUGAGCAGCAGUGGUGCCGUGUGUACUUUGCACGUGCGGCGUACGGCGCGGCAGUCCUCGCAACUACCAACACUUUAACUGACACACGGGGAUCUCAAACGGGCUUUCGCGCAACUGCCACCGAACAGGGGCGGUGCGUGGCGUGGUGGUUGGCGCGCGGCGCGGCGCGAGUGGGAGCUGACAGUUGCGCGGGGGCGCGUGUGGGAAGCUGCCUCCCCCCCCCCCGUGCUCGUGUACCCGUGCAUCGUGCCGCCGACACCCGACACGGCGUUCUUCCUCCAGACCAUGUCCGGCCCGAACUCUGGGCUUCCGCGCAUGCAAUCACCCUAAGAUAAGACACU